AUGUCGGGCGCGAUUGGGUCGAUGGACGAUGUGGAGAAAGUACUAUGGGCUUCACCGCGCAAAGAACGACUGAAAGCCACUUCAUGGUCGACAGCACGCACACUUGCUGAAACCUCGAUGUUUUCGGUCGUCGGUGAUGUAAACGAAGGUUUAUCAGUGUCGACGACGGUAGAGACCGCAUUGGACUUUUUCACGAAGAUGACGUCAAAUUCAGAAAUGAAGCUUCAAAGUUUAAGAAUGUUACGAGCCCGCAUGUCGACAUACUUACGCCAUGAAGCUUCGAAGUUUAAGAAUUUUACGAGCCUGCAUGUCGACAUACUUACGCCAUGA